UGAACGAACCCGUCAACAUUUCGAUAUAGAAACACACACAAUUACCACUAUAUAAACCCUCCCUCAAACCCUCUCAAAUUCAUCUCAACAUCCAACAACAAACAAAACACCAGAACGUUCUUUACAAUCUUCAAUUUCGUUCCAAACUACUACUACUAGCUCAACGUGUUUCUAGCUUUCAUCUAGCUUGCUAAUUAUUCAUCUUGUCCUUGGUCUGAAUAUCUAUCAAUGAUGAUGAUGAGUCGCAGAGCGACGAGGGUCGUCUGUUCGGCAAUGGGUCAAGCAGGCCCACGCUUCUUCUCAACUGCAACAGUUCGUUCCACAACUAAUGAGUCGGUCACAGGCUUUCUUAAUGCUAGACCGGAGAGGACAAUUGUGACGUUGUUUAGGGUUCCGGUCAUGGGUUUACGGAAUGAGAGUACAAUGGCCGUCGGUGAGGAGAAGAAAGCGCAGACCGGUCCGGCAGCAAGUGGCACCCCUGGUGGUCCAAAUGACAAGGCUAUCGUGAGUUACUGGGGCAUUCAGCCACAAAAGAUCACUAAGGAGGACGGUACAGAAUGGCCGUGGACUUGUUUCAAGCCAUGGGAGACAUACAAGUCCGACGUAUCAAUAGAUCUGAAGAAGCACCAUAAGCCUGAAAAAUUCUUGGACAAAGUGGCAUAUUGGACAGUCAAGGUUCUCAGAAUCCCCACUGACCUAUUCUUUAAGAGAAACUUUGUGUAUCGAGUAAUGAUGCUAGAAACAAUCGCUGCAGUCCCGGGCAUGGUGGGAGGGUUGCUGCUCCACUGCCAGUCAUUGAGGCGGUUCGAGCACAGCGGGGGUUGGAUUAGAGCUCUGCUUGAAGAAGCUGAAAAUGAAAGGAUGCACCUCCUGACAUUCAUGGAGGUAGCCAUGCCCAACUGGUACGAGCGCGCUCUUGUUUUCGCGGUACAGGGUGUUUUCUUCAAUGCCUAUUUCACCGCCUACUUGGUUUCCCCAAAGUUGGCUCACCGCAUUGUGGGUUAUUUGGAAGAGGAGGCCGUUCAUUCCUACACCGAGUUUCUCAAGGAGAUCGAUAAUGGCAACAUAAAGAAUGUCCCUGCGCCGGCCAUAGCCAUUGAUUACUGGCGCCUCUCACCGGACGCCACUCUCAAAGAUGUGGUCUUCGUUGUAAGAGCAGAUGAAGCUCACCACCGCGAUGUUAACCACUUUGCAUCGGACAUACAUUAUCAAGGACAUGAGCUGAAUGUUGCUCCAGCACCCAUUGGAUAUCACUGAAAGAUCAGAAAUAUUUUGGUUAUUUAAUUGUAUCAUGAGGUGUAUACUUAUAAGUGCAAGUAUUUUCAAGUGCUUGUUUCUAGAUUUUUUUAGUUUCUCAAACUUUUGUCAAGUGUUUUGACAGGUUCUAUUACAUUUGGUGGUUGAUGAGAAAUAACAAUAUGCAUAUACAUUUUGAAGUUCAUUGCCAUGUAUCAUAUACAUCCUCCAAUAAAUGAGGGUCUUUUAUCUUUA